UUCACAUCGAUCGCGAGCGCGUAGCGAUUGCUUCUGUCUGUUGUUUAGGUAUGGCGCCGGCGUCGAAGCUGAGAGGCGGCGGGAACCCGGGCGGGGGUCUCGCGCUGUGCUGACCGCGAGCGGGGCCAGAGUGGGCUAUGGAGGAGCCUGGCUCGUUGGUCACGGGAGACCGCGCCGGUGGCCGGAGCUGGUGCUUGCGGCGCGUAGGGAUGAACGCCGAGUGGCUGCUGCUGGAAGACGGAAACGAGGUGACUAUAGGGCGAGGAUUUGGUGUCACAUACCAACUGGUAUCAAAAAUCUGCCCUCUGAUGAUUUCCCGAAACCACUGUGUUUUGAAGCAGAAUGUUGAGGGCCAGUGGACAAUUAUGGACAACAAGAGUCUGAAUGGUGUUUGGCUGAACAGAGUACGUCUAGAACCUUUAAAGGUCUAUUCUGUCCGUAAGGGAGACCACAUCCAGCUCGGGGUACCUCUGGAGAAUAAGGAGAAUGCAGAGUAUGAAUAUGAAGUUACUGAAGAAGACUGGGAGAGGAUGUAUCCUUGUCUUGCCCCAAAGAAUGACCAGAUGACGGGAAAAAAUAGGGGAUUGAGAACUAAAAGGAAAUUUAGUUUGGAUGAAUUAGAGGGUCCUGGAGCUGAAGGCCCCUCAAAUUUGAAAUCCAAAAUAAGUAAAGUAUCUUGUGAACCUGGUCAACCAGUGAAGUCUCAUGGGAAAGGUGAAGUGGCCAGUCAACCCUCUGAAUAUUUGGAUCCUAAGUUGACUUCUCUUGAGCCGAGUGAGAAGGCCACAGAGGCUCAUGUUCACCCUGGCUCCGCAAAAAUCAUAGAGCUUCAUCGUAAGAAGCAGAAAGCCUCAAACCCUUCAGUGUCUCAGAGCAGCUUAGAGCUGUUCAAGGUGACCAUGUCCAGGAUUCUGAAGCUGAAAACACAAAUGCAGGAAAAACAGGUAGCUGUCUUGAAGGUGAAAAAGCAGACCCAAAAAGGGAACUCAAAGAAAAUUGUGAAAAUGGAGCAGGAGCUGCAGGACUUACAGUCCCAGCUGUGUGCAGAGCAGGCCCAGCAGCAGGCCAGAGUGGAGCAGCUAGAGAAGACUUUCCAGGAAGAGGAACAGCAUCUCCAGGGUUUGGAGAAGGAGCAAGGAGAAGAGGACCUGAAGCAACAGUUGGCCCAGGCUCUGCAGGAGCAUCGGGCUCUAAUGGAAGAACUAAAUCGCAGCAAGAAGGACUUUGAAGCAAUCAUUCAAGCCAAGAACAAAGAAUUGGAACAGACCAAGGAAGAGAAGGAGAAGGUGCAAGCACAGAAGGAGGAAGUGCUUAGCCACGUGAAUGACGUGCUAGAGAAUGAGCUCCAGUGUAUUAUUUGCUCAGAAUACUUCAUUGAGGCUGUCACCUUGAACUGUGCCCACAGUUUCUGCUCCUACUGUAUCAAUGAGUGGAUGAAGCGGAAGGUAGAAUGCCCCAUUUGUCGGAAGGACAUCAAGUCCAAAACCCACUCCCUGGUUCUGGACAAUUGCAUUAAUAAGAUGGUAGAUAAUCUGAGCUCAGAAGUGAAAGAACGACGAAUUGUCCUCAUUAGGGAACGAAAAGCAAAGAGACUGUCCUGAAGACCACGUUCCAGGGGCAUUCGAGGGACUACCAGGCAGUGGAAGCUUGGGAGGGUCUGGAGGAUUAUCUGUGGACAGGUCUUGGGCCGCUCUGAGAUGGCGCGCAGGGCGGAGCCCCGUGGGACAGAGACUGAGUUAGCGAGUCCUCCGCACCACCGUUGUUGGCUGGCCGUGCUGCCACCAGGAGGGCUGCUUCCGGGGACUUGAUAAGACUCCGCUUCCCUGUGUGGUGAAUGGGUUAUGUAUUUCUGUUCUGCUUUUUAACUUUAUUGUUUCUGUUAGCGUUUUGGUACCUCAGAAGCCCCUCAGUUGACAUUUGUUUUGGACAGGGUGGGGUACCCCUACGGCUGCCCCUAAAAGCUAAGGCAGCCUCUCUUGGAGAGGAUGGUCUACCUUUUUGUGAAAACAAGAUGUCAUUUCCUGGAAAUAAAAUGUAAAGCCUGUCAGUUGCUCAGCUGGGCUUUGGUGUAUUUAUCUUCUUCCCUUCCAGCUCCCACACAGUCUCGCAAGUAAACACUGGUAGCUCAUAAAUUGCAACCAAGAAAGUGACUGUAUCAGAUGAUAGACUCAAGUGAAUGUCAGCCUAAGAACCAAGCCCAAGAUCAUGACCAUAGCAGAUGGGCUCUGUUAAGGCCCUUUUUCCUUUUCAUUCCAGAGGUAGGUCACUGCUUACCUGGUUUCAGGAGGGGAUGGAUUCCCUUCUUUCAGCUGGGAUUCGGAAGUUGUUUCUGAAUCUGUUUUAUUUAUUUAGUAAACUCUAUGCCCAGCGUGGGGCUCAGACUUAACAACACUUGAGUUCAAGAGUCACACGCUCCACUGAUGGAAGCAGCCAAGUGCCCCCAAAUCUCUUUUACCCAGUGUCAGAAAACAAGGGCAAUGGUUUUAUGAGAACGCAAUUUUAUUUAUUUAUUUAUUUAUGUUUAAGUUAAAAGUCAUUUCUCUUUUGCUGCCUCCCCCCUCCUUUAAACAGAAAGAGAACUAGUUUGAUGUUCGGGAGAUAGAAGCUUAGGAAAACCCGUGGUCUCCUUGGUUACUAGUGAGAAUGAAGGAAGAAACAGGAAGCUGAAGAGUAGUGAUUUGAAACAGGGAGCUCUCUCGUAGGAUUAUGAAACUGCACAUUAUGUCAUUCAGCAGUUUGCUACCCGAUGGACAGGUAUUUUC